AUGAAGUUCGUCGCUGUGCUUGCAUUUGUGUGCCUGCUGGGCCUGUGCCUCGCCGAAGACGCCUCUAUCGUGACCGACGACAAGGAGAUGAACGUUGAUGGAAGCUACAAGUUCUUCUACGAACAAUCCGAUGGCCAGAAGCGCGAAGAACAGGCAGAACUGAAGGCAUCGGCUGCCGAUCCGGAGGUACAGGCUAUCUCUGUGAGUGGAUCGUACGAGUACACCGACAACGAUGGCAAGCGAUACCUGGUCACUUACACCGCCGAUGAGAACGGAUACCGUCCAAUAGUGAAGCAGCUGUAG